UAAAAAAUCGACGUCAAACCAAACAUGUCAGACCACAUAAUGGCGGAGGUUGUGUUUUUGAGUAAAUGUCCAACCCCGGUGAUGUUCCAUUGAAAUGUUUGUAAAGGGACGCGUAAAGAUCUUAUAAUUCUGUUCGAUUUUAUGUUUCGGUUCUUUGAUAGUUUGUAAAUAAUCGACUUUAAUUCAAAAUGAAGUUAGUGCACUCACUAUCGGUACUUUUAUUGAAUUAGUGUCAGUAUAAGGGGUCGUUUGCCGGGUUAGGUUUGCGAGGGUGGCAGCAUCGUAGGCAAGAUGGGGGCUCAGCAGGCCAAGGAGCGGGGUACGCCUAGCGGAGCGUCCAUGCGCUCGGCAAGGAACAAGCCGCGGGUGCCAAAAGACCCCCGCAUGCUCGGCUCGAAUAUCUUCACAGAACACAAUGAGGCUCUAUUGCAAAGUCGCCCUUUGCCACAUAUCCCAGAUUUGCCCGACGGGGACGGUUCCGGCGUACCGGCCACGCCACAACCUCUCGACACCGCUAACAGAUGGACUUCAAAGGAGAAUUUGUUAGCGCACCACGAAGAAGAUGACCCUCAGCUCUUUGUGGCGCUGUACGAUUUCCAAGCGGGCGGAGAGAACCAGCUUAGUUUAAAGAAAGGGGAGCAAGUGCGUAUAAUGAGCUACAACAAGAGCGGCGAGUGGUGUGAGGCGCACACCCUGGGCGGCGGCGUGGGCUGGGUGCCCAGCAACUACGUGACCCCAGUCAACUCCCUGGAGAAACACUCGUGGUACCACGGACCGAUAUCGCGGAACGCCGCCGAAUACCUCCUCUCCUCGGGGAUCAAUGGCAGCUUCCUCGUACGCGAGUCCGAGUCUAGUCCUGGCCAAAGAAGUAUCUCGCUGCGUUACGAGGGUCGCGUAUAUCAUUACCGCAUUAAUGAGGACACCGACGGAAAGGUGUACGUGACAUCGGAGUCCAAAUUCGGCACCCUGGCCGAGUUAGUUCAUCAUCAUUCCGUGUUGGGUGACGGUCUGAUCACCCAGCUUCUGUACCCGGCGCCGAAGAGGAAUAAACCGACUGUCUUUCCCCUGGCGCCGCCUGACGAGUGGGAGAUUGACAGGACUGACAUCGUCAUGAAGCACAAGUUGGGUGGAGGACAGUAUGGUGAUGUUUACGAGGCGGCGUGGAAGAGAUCUAAUAUGACGGUGGCAGUGAAGACACUCAAAGACGACACAAUGGCGCUAAAAGACUUCCUAGAAGAAGCUGCCAUCAUGAAGGAGAUGCGACAUCCGAAUCUAGUGCAGCUGUUAGGUGUGUGCACCCGAGAACCGCCAUUCUACAUCAUAACCGAGUUCAUGAGUCGAGGCAACUUACUGGACUACCUGCGGACCGGCAACCGGGACAGCAUAGACGCAGUGGUGCUGAUGUACAUGGCCACGCAGAUCGCGUCCGGCAUGAGCUACCUGGAGAGCCGGUCGUUUAUACACAGGGAUCUAGCGGCUCGCAACUGCUUGGUAGGAGAGAACCAUCUCGUGAAAGUCGCGGACUUUGGUCUGGCGCGGCUGAUGCGCGACGACACAUACACCGCUCACGCGGGAGCCAAGUUCCCCAUCAAGUGGACGGCGCCCGAGGGCUUGGCGUACAACACCUUCAGCACCAAGUCCGAUGUCUGGGCGUUCGGGAUCCUGCUUUGGGAGAUCGCUACGUACGGCCUCUCUCCGUACCCCGGCGUGGACUUGGCGGACGUUUAUCACAGGCUUGAGAAGGGUUACCGCAUGGAGUGCCCGCCCGGCUGCCCGGCAGCAGUGUACGAGCUGAUGCGUGGCUGCUGGCAGUGGAACCCCGCGGACCGCCCCACCUUCCGCGAGAUACACCACGAGCUGGAGCACAUGUUCCAGGAUAACUCCAUCACCGAAGAAGUAGAGAAGCAACUCCUGGAGGGUGUCUGCUCGGGCACUCCGCAGAUGUCCCUGAAGAAGUCCAACAUAGCCGGGUCCAGUAACGUGGACCGUGGUGUCCAGAUGCGGCGUCCCACCAACCGCCGCGGAAAACAAGCGCCAACGCCACCCAAACGCACCAGCCUGCUGUCAUCGUGCAGUUCUUUCCGCGAGUCGCAAUACGCGGCCGAGGAGCACGCCGGCCACGACGACGGGCUAGCGUCGUUGAAUGGGGGCGGUCGCGCUGGGGGUCGGGAGGCGUCGUCUGAGGGUUCACUGGCCGAGGCGACGCCGGACACGGAUGAGUCCGGCGCCGGGGCGAUCGGUGUGGCCGAACACCGCCACCGGCCGAAGCGGAGACAUCACGCCCACGCACACCAGCACGCCGGCCACGAUCUCCUGCCUAAGCAAGGGGUGCAAGUUGCCGCUUUAGAAGUCCAGAACGUGAAGCGCGCUAUCAACAGAUACGGCACUCUCCCCAAGGGCGCUCGUAUCGGCGCGUUUCUGGAGUCCCUGCGGCAGAGCGACGGCUCCAACGCCCCUUGCAACGUGCCGCGUGAGCCCCGCCCCGAGGAGGCGAGGUCUCUCUCGCCCCGGACGGCCCGAGCCCAGCCUCACAUGAUCCGCUCCAACUCGUCCGGCGGCGUCACUGCCCCCGCGCCCGCCUCCCCGCGAGCGACCCGCGCCGCCCCGCCUCUGCGCUCGUUCGCCAACAGCCCCGCCAAGCCCCGCCCCCGCCUGGCCGAGCUCGAGUUCCCCCCGCCUCCGCCUGACCUGCCGCCCCCACCGGAGGACCCCCACCCGCCCCCGCCGCCCCCGCCCCCCGACUGCUGCCGCGACGCCGGCACUGACACCACCUUCGACGACAGCCCUGUCGCGCCCGACUACCAGGAGGAGGAGAAACCCGCCAAGCAGAUUAUGAAGGAAAUGCUUGAGCUGAAGCUGGUGGCCGAGAUCAAGGAGAGAGCGGACAAAAAGAAGCAGAAGCUCAAAGAUUCCCCUCCCCACGAGGUGAUCGAGAAACACGCGACCUUCGGGGACCCCGUCACGCGCCUCGUCUCCGAGCUAUCCGAGAGCUUGAAUAUAGAAGCUCUCCGGAAAUCCGACAAAAAGCUGGAGGUGCAGAAGCCGGUCGACAACGGCAAGGACACCGUGUCCCCUAUCGAUCUCAAGGCGAGCCUCCGAAAGACCUCGUUCACCAGCAACGUCGAUAGGAAAAUCGACGAGGGAAAGGCUAGCACAGAUUUCAAGUCGCAGCUGAAGAAAGUCGAAACUAACAAAUUCAGUAGCACCAACAGAGACAACGAGGAGUCUGGGCGGUCGAUAAUCGAUUUUAAGUCCCGGCUGCGAAAAGUGGACAGCUCGAAUCCCGCCACGAACGGGACCGUCAAGAAGGCGGAGCAGAGUUCCCCCGAGGAUUCGAGGAAGGACGUGUCCUCGAAGAGCGACGAUUCCGAUAAGAAGCGAUCCGAGAGUGGAUCGCUGGACACGAGCGGCGGCGACGAGGACGACAAGCGCCGGAGUACCGGCAGCAUCAGUAGCUUGAAGAAAUUGUGGGAGAACAAGGAGAGCGACGAGAGAUUAAGCCCGAAGCUGCGGCCGAAAGGUGACGACAGCGAGGAGGGGUCACCGGAGGAAAGGAGUGGGGGCUUGGGCCGAAGUAGCAGCGUGCAAGUUCGUCGCGGGGACGACAAGCCGGCCGUGGCCAGCAAGCCCACAGUGCGCGCCAGGCCGCUGGGCAAGGGCGGGAUAUACGCCACGCCCCUCACGCCUCCCGCCUCCUUCGACUCCGAGGAGGGUGACGCCCUCACCUCACUACGGGCUUCUUUGGAAUGGUGCACUAAUGAGGUGCGUCGCGGCUGCGGCGGCGGCGGGGGGCGUGGCUCGAUGUGGCGUCUGCAGACGUCGGAGCGUCUCGCGCGGCUCGGCGCGGAGUGCGCGAGCGCCGCAACCGCGCCUCGCUGCGCCCCGCACCUGCGUAUACAGCUGCGUACCGCUGCGGCGCGACUCGACGCGGAAGCGCACGCGCUGGCCAGUCACCACCAGAGCGCGACCACUCACCAUCACCUCGCAGACGGCGUUGAGCAGGCGUUGAGGGACCUCGCUGCUAUCGUUCAUAGGUAAAUAUGAAACUGAAGACUUCCGGCCUCCUACAAUCAACAAGCAACAUUCAGUCGCAUGACUGCGCAACUUUAGGACAAUACUAACAAUACAAGGAUUGAUUUGAGCGCCAGAUUACAAUUUGGCGCUCCGAAAUAUAGUAACGAUAUUCGUGAUGAGUGAUGACGUGUCUUUGUAAAUGAAAACAUUUGUGGUAGGUAUAUUAAGUGCCGCAUACAUUUUAAUAUGCAGUUAAGUUGCUCUAAGGGCCGACGUUCACUGGAGGAUUUCUUUUGACUCACGAUGUGUCCAAUGAGCGGGGGACCCUAAUGGCAAAACCUCGAUUAAUGUACGCCAAAGAGCAUUUUAUGUAUCUUCGUAUUACCAACAAAUACUCCUUUAGAUAUAGUUACAUAUAUUCCGAAUUGCAUUAUAGGGUAUGUAUUUAUUUCAGAAUUAGUACAAAUGUUUAUUGUCAAAGUGAGAAGUGAUGAGUACAACUUCUUUCGGUGUGAAAACUUUCAAAUAAUAAACGCUUGCUGCACGUAUUUGGUUUGAGUGCAGGUAUCGAAGUAACUAAAGUUAGGCACAGUUGAAUACAUUUGUAUCUUCUAAAAACUAAUAUUAAAAAAUUAACUUAUAAAUAACGGUUAACUACGUUAUUUAGCCGGGGCAUGUCAAGGCAAUGUUAGUCAUCCGGCAGAAUUACGAACGUCCGCCAUCCAUACUAAUAUUAUAAAUGCGAAAGUGUGUCUGUCUGUCUGAUGCACCGAAUUCGCUGUGGCAUAAACGAGUUUUGGCGCAACGGAGUUGCGGGCCUCAUCUAGUCAGCCAAUAAAUCAAUUUCUCUGAUAGUUCAACCAAGUCGACAUUUCCAUUACUACUUACGGUACUCAUAAUAAAUAUAUUUUAAUGAUUGCUUAAAUAAUAUUUUUUAUGACUUUGGCAGAAAAGUUAUGGAUUAAACUAAACAGUUCGACAGUGGUCAGUGAGUCUCUGAACUAUUAAAUUAGACCGCACAUGUCUUGUCAAAACAAAUACAAGAAAAAAAUUCAACAAUAUGAACACUGCUCGAAAAAUAUUUUGUUUUUUAUCUACCUCGAUUAAUGCCUAACUUUAGAGCGUUCUCAGAUACCUGUACAUACUUGCUGUAGUAAAGAUGAAUUCAUGAGUUGUAUCCAAUGACAGAAAAUAAGAAGACAUUAACCAUAUGAUAUUAUUAAAUUUGUAACGUUUCUAAUCCAUAAUAAAUACAAAAGGGUCUCUCUGUCUGUUGCCUCUUCACACGUCAAACGCUGAGCCGUUUAAUACGUGUGGUGUGGAUAUAGCCUGACUAAAAAUGCAGGAUAUUUUUUGAUGCGUCAUCAAUUUAGGCUACUACGUAAUAAACAAAAUUUUAUGUGAACAACGAUGCGGG